ACUCAAUGGCUUUUUGUUUUUUCAUUCUCCAGCACCUGUGCUUGACUGUCACAAAGUUCAGCGUGUGACUCUGCUGACAUCUGUGCAGAGGAACAACGGCUCUGUGACAAAGGUUCCCUGACGCUGCCCAGAGGAGCCCAAAUGUUGAUUCAGGGAAGGAAUGGAGGAAAGCUAUGAGACAUUUGAGGAGGAGUUAUGGCCACAGAGAGCAGAACCUCCUCCACAGAAGCCUGUUCGACAGAUCCGCAGACCAGACAUGUAUCCUACCAGAAAAAUCAGAGAGGAAGCAGCCACAGUUCCACAGCAACCAAGAGCAGAACUCAAGAUUUUACCCAGAGACCCCAGCAUCCCUAGAGCAGCCUCUUUGCACAAAACCUUGUCAAUCCAGAACUUGACUGACAUCGAGAAACCGUGGGAGAAUGUGACUCUAAACCGCUGUCUGUUUGUGGCCAUCACCAUCCUGGUGCUCACCUCAGGCCUCCAGAGACUGAAUGAAACCUUACGUGGGGGUCCAGGAACAGUAGAGGAAGAGGAGGAAGAAGUUGGACUGACAAUGAGAUGGUCAGGGGCACUGCGACACAGAGGGCAACCAUCAGAGCCUGAGACAUCUUUGUGGGAAGUCCUGUUUUGGUGGCUGCCAGACCUCGAUGAUGAAGACGAUGAAGAUGAAGAGGAUGAGAAUGACGGAGGGGUCAAAAAAGCAAAAUCAAAGAGAGGAGCACAAUCAUCAAGCCGUCUCAGAAACAAGCCAUUGCCAGACAAAAAACUCAUGAAGCGAAGAGACGGGAAACUAAAGGACAGGAGAGCCAAGAAGGCCAGGGAUGAAGAAGUCAAAGAGAGAGCUAAAAAGGAAGACCCUGAAGAAGCAGAUGAAGAUGAGGAUGAGGAUGAAGUAGAGGACACAGUUCCUAAGAAAACUAGGAAGUCAGAGGGAAAGAAAGAUCAGAAAAAGACUCAAAAAGGAUGAGUGGACUCUUUCUACUGAGGCUGAUUUUAUAGAAUUCAUUUUCUAAACAUUCUUCAGUUGAAGUAUUUUGGUAACAUCUAUUCAAAAUCAUAAUUUUGUCCAUCAAACUAAAAAAAAAUCAUGAGUCUCAGCAUGUGCUUACAGCUACAUGGCAGAACAUAAUCAGCAGCAUUGUGUUGCUCUCCUGAUCAGAUGUGAUUCAUGUGUGAUGGAACUUUGAAUUACGUGUGAGGAUAAUUAGUUUAAUUAAAUUUAAUGUGUUGACUUCUUUA